AUGGCGCCUCCGCACACGAAAGUGGCCAUCAUCGGCUCUGGGCCCGCUGCCCAUACCGCAGCCAUCUACCUCUCCCGUGCGGAACUCAAGCCCGUCAUGUACGAAGGCAUGUUGGCCGGUGGCACCGCGGCCGGGGGCCAGCUGACCACCACGACCGACAUUGAGAACUACCCUGGAUUUUCCAAGGGAAUUGGCGGCUCGGAGCUCAUGGAAGAAAUGAAGGCACAGAGUGAGCGUUUCGGCACUGAAAUCAUCACCGAGACAAUCACGAAAGUGGACCUGAAACAACGCCCGUUUAAAUUGUGGCGAGAGUACGAGGAUGGCGAGAGCGACGAGCCAGCACAUACCGCCGACGCUGUAAUCAUCGCUACGGGCGCCAAUGCCAGGAGGUUGGCACUGCCGGGCGAAGAGACCUACUGGCAGAAUGGAAUUUCAGCAUGUGCGGUAUGUGACGGGGCAGUUCCCAUUUUCAGAAACAAACCGCUGGUAGUCAUCGGUGGAGGAGACUCAGCGGCCGAGGAGGCCAUGUUUCUAACCAAGUACGGGUCGCAUGUGACGGUGCUUGUAAGGAAGGACAAACUGCGAGCGUCCAAGGCAAUGGCGAACAGAUUACUCGCCAAUCCCAAGGUCACCGUCAAGUUCAAUCAUGUUGCGGUCGAAGUGCUGGGUGAAAAUAAGCCGAGGGGUCUCAUGACGCACUUGAAAAUACGGAACGUGCAGAGCGGUGCCGAGGAGGUCAUGGACGCCAAUGGUCUAUUUUACGCCGUUGGCCACGACCCGGCCACAGCAAUUUUCAAGGGCCAAGUGGACACGGACGAGGAAGGGUACGUUGUGACGAAGCCUGGCACGAGCUAUACAAGCAUCCCCGGCGUUUUCGCUGCCGGUGACGUGCAGGACAAGAGGUACCGACAAGCUAUCACCAGCGCUGGAAGUGGCUGUAUCGCAGCUCUUGAAGCCGAGAAGUAUUUGGCCGAACUUGAGAGUGACGACCCUGCCAUUGAGAAGGAGAACCAGGCCAAAAAGCCCGAAAUCAAUGGCGAUACUGCGCCUGAGUAUAGAUCCAAUCCAUUGUUGUGA